AUGAUUCUUGUAGACCUGGGCGGGACCUAUCACCAAGAUCUUCGUCAAGAUGUUUUUGUAAAAGAAGAGUACUACUUUUUAAACGUAUCUGGAAUUGGGACGUUUACAGUGUACGACACCUUUGACUGCACCUUUGAAUGUCUCAGCAAUCCUUCAUGUUUGUCUCUGAACCUGGCCGCCUCCAAAGAAGCCGAUGGAAAAUUUUGGUGUGAGCUUUUGUCUUCCCACAAAUUCAUCAACCCAAACGAGUACAAGGAAAACGAGAGUUCACAUCACUUUUCCUUGAAGGUGGGCUUAAAAACUUAAAUCAUAUUCAUUGAUAAAUUUUCAGUGCAGUCUCCAAGGCCAUAGAUUGAAAACCGCCAUCAACAAUUAACAGCUACAGGUAGAUUUGAAUUAAAUCAUCUGAUAGGCGUACAAUUUUGCGAUUUUAUCUAGCCAAGAGACUGUGGAAUAGUUUUCAGGAGGGGUGUGUGAAAUGUACAAUUAGUUAGAACUAUACUGGCUAAACGUAAACUUGAAUCGCUCAUCAGUACAAAAUGUUUUCACCAGAUCAAUCAUCAGUUUAUCAGUAAACCUAUACCGAUGUUAAAAUGCGCUAUAGAAGUAUUAAAUAUUAUUACUAUUGUUGUUGUUAUUACUAUUACUAUUUUUUAUCAUUAUUAUUAUUAUUAUUGUUAUCACUCAAAGAGGCAUUCCUGAGAAUGGCAAUUAUACGAUUUAUAAACAUGAAGAAAAGAAGCAGCUAAAUUACAUCCAAUACGAAAAUAUGUCCCCAAUGUUGGAAACCGUGUUAAGCAAAUGAAUUUCCAUGCUUGCUGGCGGAAAAUCGGCCAGUGAAGGAGGAUUUGGAUAAACAAUGCCUUUUUUUUGGGAAGAUUGUGAAGUGCCUGGAUAGCUGAAUAGAUACUGAAGUUACGAUCAGUCAAUGAAGCUUCUACGCUAUUCGGUGUAAAGAAACUGCAAAGUCUCUUGUUUUGUCUCUUCUAGGUUAGAUCCCGGCCGACAUCCUGCGUCCAAUAUGGACAGCAAAGUGCCCCCAAUGAUGGCAUUUAUAAGGUUUAUGACAACGGAGGAAAUACUUUCUUAGCCUACUGUGAUCUGAGAUCUGAGCUCGGUAUUGCAUGGACACUGGUCAUGUCUUGGAGUAGAGAGAAUCGCCUUAUUUCUGCUUUUCACAACUCCCCAUUUCAGAUUAAUGCCCCAGAAAACGAGACCUACCCGAGCUGGGAUCGUUACCGCUUAAGUCUGGAGCGAAUGAGAUCCCUGCAGGCUCACUCCACCCACUGGCGAGCAACAUGCAGCUAUCCGACUCAUGGCAUCGAUUUCAGAGACUACCUCCGAGGAAACUUCAAAGACUUUAACAUCGUCGACUUCAUGGGGUGGGGCACGUGCAAGAGAGUGGAACACAUCAAUAUCAGGGGCUACGUAGGCACGAAUUUGACGGCGCCUUUCUGGCAGGAUAUACACAAUGCAUUCAUUCUGCAUACCGACAGUGAAGCCACUCACUGUGAGUUUAACGCUGCUAGUACUGGCGCCGUGUCAAGUGAAGACAAUUUUGGCUUCUAUUCUUUCUUCAACACCAACUUUCGCUGCACACAGGACCCCCAGUCGAACACCCAGUGGUGGUUUGGAGCUCAUGUCUAA